AUCAAACGUCAGACAUGCGCACAUGUAACCGUUGCUGCUUGCUAUAGGGGUUUGUGACAAUGUACUGGAUCUGCACACGGUAAUGAUUUUAUUUUGUGAAGUUUGCAAGUAAAUUACAUCAAUAAUGGCAAAUUUACUUGAAUUACUGGUUACCGCUGACUGUAACAAUCCUUUGUGGACAGCAAGCAUCUGGGAUUCACAUAUCGGUACGAAUCUCAUGACGUACAAAGGUGGAGGUACUGCCGAAUCAAAAACGCUUUCUUUCAUCGGUAACGAUUAUAUAGCAGCAGUAGAAAAGACUAAACCAAUAUUACACAUAUGGCCCUUGAAUUCACAUCAGCCGGUCCAAGGAAUGCGGUUUAUUUUACCCGGGAAAGCGAGUGCCUUGUCUAUAACCCGAGACGGCUCCUACAUAUGUGCUGGAAUCGAAGAGAAAAUCUACUUAUGGCAGACUGCGUCGGGAAAUCUGUUGACUAUAAUCAGCCGUCACUAUCAGAAAGUUGUAUCAUUAAAAUUCACACCAGAUGGAAAGUAUUUCAUAUCAGCGGCUGAAGAUGGAAUGGUAAUGGUUUGGUCGCUUGCAUCUGUGGCAGCACAUCCAGAAAUCGAUCUUGUGACGCAGUCGUCUGCUGGCCAACAUGACCCAGUUCAUAUCUUCUCAGAUCAUUCCCUACCUGUAACUGAUUUGUUUAUAAGUAAAUUUGGUAUGCAUGGACGUCUGUGUACUGUGUCUAGUGAUAGGACUUGUAAAAUAUAUGAUCUAUCUACAGGAGAGAUGUUAUUGAAUCUAGUCUUUGAUGUUCCUCUGUCGGCUGUCACUAUGGAUGUUUUAGAAUUGAAUGUGUUUGUUGGAAGCAAUGAAGGUAAAAUAUAUCAGUUCAGCCUUGCCCAUCCACCUAGGAGCAGAGAUUUAUUGAUCAAUUCUGAAAACGGAUCUCCGGUUUUCACGUUACAUACUAAAGCUAUAACAUGUCUCUCUGUCUCAUUAGAUGGUGAAACUCUGAUGUCAGGUUCCAAUGAUGAGCAUGUUAUUUUAUGGCACAUACCUAGUCGACAGCCAAUAAGAACUAUAAGACACAAAGGGCCAAUUACAAAUGGAUUUUUUACUGUAAACCUUCCAGCUAUUUUUCAAUCUGAAUUUUCUCCUGACAUAGUUCUACAUAGUUUGGAGAGGACACUUGAAAAAGAUUCUGAUGAAGCUACUGAAAUAGAAGUCUUGAUAAAUAAGAAAAUUAGUUUUUGGCCAGAACAAAAUUCUUAUGAAAUCAAAGAAAUAAUACAACAAACUGAGACUUCAUUUAUGGGACAAGAAAAGAAAUGGAAAAAUGAAAUAGAAACUUUAAAGGCAGUAAAUGCAAAACUUUAUGCAUUUUCUAUAAAUAAAGCAAUAGAUGCAGUUCCAUUAGUGAAUGAAUCAAUUAUAAAAAAGGCUAAAAAGAAGAAAAACAAUAAGAAAAAUAAGUAAUAAAUAAUUA